AUGAUAAAGAAUUGUUUAAUUUAUUCUUUUAUUUUUUCAUUACUAUAUUAUAAUUAUUUCAUAUUUGGAGAAAUUUUAAAUAACCAAGAUUAUAACUGUAUAAAUAAUAUAUUUCAAAAAGCUGGUAUUAGUACCGAAAAUGAUACCACUUUAGGUUAUUACGAUUUUUGUAGCACUAAUCACAUUGAAUGUAAUGGUAAUAGUGUAACUUCAAUAACACUACAACAAAAUAUUGAACCAUUAUAUUAUACAGAUUUUAAUUGUUUUAAAAACCCUUUAUACAAUGUAAAUUUUAAUGGAUCAACUAUUUCUCCAGAUCUAUUCACAACAUCUCCAGGGUUUAGUUAUAGAUUACAAUUCUUUUCAUGUGCAAACAUUUAUAUUAAUCAACCAGUACCUUUACAAACAAAAGAAAUUUAUAUAAAUAAUUUAAUUGAAGAAUUGAAAACCAAUAUAUCUUUUUCAAAAAUCAAAUCAUUGAAUUCCUUUAUUAUGUAUAUGACAAACCCCUAUGUACCAUAUAAUUAUCCUUAUUUUUUAAAUGAUGUAGAUUUUUACAUUCCACUAAACCAAUUAGUUAUUUAUUCUUUAAACGUACCUUCUUUUACAUUUUUAAAUCCAUCCCAAGUUGAAAUUACAUUGGGUAAAGGUUUUGAUAUUUCUUCAUUGUCUAAUUUUAAUGAUGUAUCACAUUUCAAUAAUUCAUGCUCCAUUUCAUUAAAAGUUUUGGAGGGAUCAAUAUCAAGCUUCCCAUUUUCUAAAGCAAAUAAUCUUUUAAAAUCUGUAACAAUACAAAGCUAUAUUGAUAAACCUUUGAAUUUAAUUGAUUUGAGUAACUUAAAAAUUACAUCUUUAAUAAUGUCAAAUGUUUCAAAUUUAUUCAACAUUAACAACGAAAUACCAUUUACAAAUUUUCCUUCAACAAUUCAAACAUUCAAUUUUUUGGAUGGAAAGAUUAACAGUAUUCCUAAAAAUAUAAAUGUAGAAUUUAUUUCAUUUAGAAAUAAUUCAAUGAGUGGUCCAAUUGGUAAAUUAAGUCAAUUUGGAAGCAAUGUAAAAAAUUUAUUUAUUUCAAUGAAUAAAUUAAGUGGAACAAUUGACGAAUCAUUUUGUGGCCUUCAUGAUUAUGAUUUCUCAAAUAAUUCAUUUACCAGUGUUCCCAAAUGUUUUAGUUGUUUCUUCCCAAAAGAUCCUAAUUAUGGUUCAGAAUUAAAAUCAAAAUUUGUUACGAAUCAAUUUGAUGCAAGUCAACCUCAAGACUGUAAUGUUGUAUUAAAUUUAGUUUUAGAAAAUGGAUUAUUAAAAUUGUUUGGAGAUUUCGUAGGAUUAUAUAGAUAUGGAUUCAAUUCACAACCAAACAAUGUGGAUUGGGUUUGGAAAAACUAUACAUAUUAUAUUGGAACACCAAAACAAGGAACAACAAUACCAGAUCUUAUUAGUUUUAAAUAUGAUUUCUAUGAAACAAAUUUCACAUUAUUUACAUCAUCAACCCCACCAAAAAUUAAAACAGUUGAAUCAUUUCCUGCUUCAACCACAUUUACAUUCAAUGGUGAAUACUUUAAUUAUAAUAUUUCAGAGACAAAUGUAAAAAUAGGUAAUAAAAUUUGUAAUAUAAUUUCAACAGAAUUUUCAAAGAUUGUUUGUUCAGUUGAUGAAUUAUUUGAUUCGUCAUUAAAAGAUUUAAUAACAACCAUUCAAGUUGGAAAUUUGAAACAACAAAUAACUGUAACACCCUAUAUCAUGAACACAGUAAUUCAAUGUAAUGAUAGUUGUGAUGGUGUUUGUUAUACUUCCAAUGGUACAUGUGCUUCAAUAGCGUUUUAUGUUUCAUCAGUUGUUCCAAUUCAAGAAAACACCGAAGGAACAGUACAGCUCUAUGGAUCAUUUGGAGAAAUUCAUAAUGAUUUAUCAAUUACUAUUGGUGGUUCUAUAUGUAAUAAAACAUAUAUUGAUGCUGGUUUAAUUAAUUGUACAUUAAAAGCAGUAGGAAGUGGUAUAAAACUAUUGAAUGUAACUCAAAAUGGUAAUUCAUGGAUUAGUAAAUCAAUGUUUAGCUAUUUACCACCAAAUACCGUUAAAAAUUGCCCAAAUAAUUGUUUUUCAAAUUUAAAUCAAGGAGUUUGCAACACAUCCCUAGGCCAAUGUGAAUGUUUCCAAGAAUAUAGUGGAAUAGAUUGUAGUCUCUAUAGAGGUGGAAAUCAUCCAGAAACAACUAAUGAUGUAGAUGAAAAUACUGGUAAAUCUACCUUAUCAAAUAAAGAAACUAAUUAUGAAAUAGAUAUUAUACAAUUAUUAGAAGUUGAUAUAAAUGAUAAAAUCGUUAAUAACUAUUCUCUUGAAAACAAUUGGAAAUUAAAAAAUGUAACAAAUAGUAAAACAUUUUUCUUUUCCCAAAAAAUUCAAAAUUCAAAUUGUGAAUUAAUUUCAAUAAUAGAUCAAAUUAAUAGUGAUCAAAGAUUAUCUUUUGCAGGUGUUGAUUUUUAUAUUCAAUCUGGAGCUAUUAAAUUAACCAUUUCAAUUAGUAACUAUACAUAUUCAAGCUCUUUAAAUACACUAAAACUUCAAAUGAAAACAAUUGCCAAUCAAGAAUCCACAAAUUGUAAUACCAAAUCAACAGAUAUUGAUACAAGUGGUAUAGUUACAAAUUCAACUUUAAAUUAUGUUACAAUCAAAAAGAAUAACAAAGUUUUAGUUGGUAGAUUUAUUAAUCGUGUCUUAUCAGAUGGUAGAUCUACAUUUAUCACUUCAAAUGUUGUAUCAACAAGUGAUAAAGAAUCUUUAAUAUUACAAGUUAAUUUACCCCAUUGUGUUUCAGAGUGUGUCAUAGAUCCAGAUUUCUCAUUACUAGUUAGCCCAGAUUACAUUGACAAUUGUUCAACGAAAAGAAAAUGGGUUAUACCAGUUGCAGUUGUAGUUAGUGUAGUUGGCGCAGCAUUUUUAAUUGGACUUUCAAUAAUUAUAUAUAGAAAGAAUCAAAUAGCAAUUAGAAUUAAAUUAUCAACUAUUAGAUUAUCAAAAAAAUAA